GAUAGAUCAAUCUGCCGUGCCUCGAGAUAACCAAUUGUGAUGGCAGCAGCCUUCUGCGCAAACAAAGCGUCGUGAGCCCGCUGACUUCUUGCUUCCUUUUCCUUGAACUUUCGCUCGACAUGGCCACCGUUUCCUCUCCUCCUACCCUGCAUCUCCUGCUCACGCCCAAGGCUGAUGCCGAUGGAGAGAUUAUCGUGCUACACUUCUCCAUCACCAUCAAGAGCCUGAGGUUCAAAGAGAAUGACCACCUUUGCACCUACGGCCGACACGACGAGGCGCAUUCGUCCAGGCUCCAGCACUUCUUGCAGGGCAUCCCCGCCACCUUGACAGAUAGCGACGGCUCUGUGCCCUUCCUGCUCUCGGGCGAGGACGAGGAGAAGCAGGUCAGGCUCGCAAGGGAGGCUAUCGGUGACAUUACCUUCACAGCCGACGCGAGAGCCCUCGAUAGCGAUCACGAGAGCAGCUGGGAUGAAUGCGUUCUUCGCCGCGAGAAAGGGGGCAUAGUGGGCGAAGGGUGGCGGUUCCUCCCGCGGUUCAGCAUCGGGGCGUGCCAGGUGAUGCUCGAGUGGGACCUGUCUGGCUGUCCGGAAGGUACGAGGGCGGUGGUCAGCUACGGUGAAGGCCCAGAACCGAUCGAGGUUGCGGGUGAGAGCGAUACCAUCCUUGCCUGUGUGUUCAUGGUCGGGCCUGUCCAGAGUUUUCCCCCCAAGCCAGAGAUAAGGCAAGAAGGAACAGACUCAGAGAAGCAAGGUCUCGGUUACACGUAUUGGUUUGGAGAUCUGCCGCAGAAUCUGGACGCUGUCAAGGACUACACCGCAAAGAUCCUGCCGCGCAUGUCGGAGCAUUUCGGUGAUGAGGGCGCUAGCUACCGUACUUUCUUGCGACGCGCUCCCAAGGGUCUCAAGGGGACAGCACUGAGAGCAAGCAGCAUAAUUGAUUAUGAUGACGAUGCAGGCACUGCGCAUGAUUGGGAUCUGAUCAGAAUGCUCAACCGGACCAUGGUAUCUACAUGGGCGCGUCUGGAUCCCGAACAUGACGGGACCAAGAACGACUGGUUCACCGAUGGUCUCUCCCACCUCUACACCGUCUUCUUGCCCUUUCGCUUUGGCCAGCGCGGGCCAGAUUACUUUCGUGCUACUGUCAACGCCUUCCUCUCCGCCUACUUCACCAACCCCCUCGUCUCCCAACCACUCUCUUCCGUAGGGAUGACCACCUCCCGCGACGACACAAGCCAGGCGUGGUACGUGACAUCCGCCAAGGCCCUGCGCGCGUGCGUCUACAUGCUCAAGAUGGACGCCUACACCCGCCGCGCAGCCGUGGCCCGCGGCGUGGACGUCCUGCGGCCCAUGGACGAUACGGUCCGGGACCUUCUCACUGCCCGCCGUAGGAGGGAGAAGAACGGGGCCAAGAUACAGAAGGAAGACUGGCUGGAUGGCCUGGCACACUGGAUCGGGCGGGAGGACGCGGGGAGGCACUUCCGGGAGAUGUUGGAGGAGGGCAAACUUUGGGAAGACGUAUGGCCCACAGCCUGUCAAGCAGGAGCGCUUGGAGUUUGGAUUUGACGGCGGCAGCCUGGAGGAAGGGGUUGUACGAGGGAUCGUGGAGGGCUCGAGGGCACAGGAGGCUGGGUUGCAGGACGGGGAUUUGAUUUUGUGGUACUCGAGGCCAGAAGAGUGUGAGUUGUAUUUCGAGAGGGAGUUCAAGCUGGUCGUCGGUAGAGAUGAGGAGGAGAUCAAGAUUGAGUAUUGGCCCAGGUCCAAGGAGAAAGUCAGGUGUUGGCAAGUGUUGGAGAGGCCUAAAGCUGCAGAUGAGGGCGAGUAAGGAAGCAAGGACAGGUUUCAUUGGAAGAGAUGUGUGCUCAGUUCCGGCAGAAUCUUAUGAUUAUAGGCAUCUC